AGGCCAAUCAUAUCAGUCUUGGGGGAGUGAUUGAAGUGUACAGUAACUGCUGUGUCUUCGUAAAGUUUACAACUGAAACAAAAUGCCGGGAGACAAAAUAAUAAAAGUGUCAGUGCGCGACGUGAGAUUCCCGACGUCACUGGAACAACAUGGAUCUGACGCAAUGCACACCGAUCCAGAUUACUCUGUCGCAUAUGUCGUUCUGGAGACUGAAGCUGCACUGAAGGGUUAUGGCUUGACUUUCACUGUGGGAAGAGGGACGGAGAUCGUCGUUUGUGCAGUUAAAGCCUUAUCUACUUUGGUGGUCGGAAAGACUUUGGAGGAGAUAACCGGUGACUUCAGAGGCUUCUACAGACUCCUGAGCAGUGAUGGUCAAAUGAGAUGGAUUGGACCAGAAAAAGGAGUAAUUCAGCUGGCGACGGCGGCCAUUCUGAAUGCCGUCUGGGAUUUAUGGGCACGAGUGGAAGGAAAGCCCCUGUGGAAGCUGCUUGUUGACAUGGAUCCUGUGAAGUUGAUCAGCUGUAUUGAUUUCAGAUAUAUCACUGAUGCACUGACGGAGCAGGAAGCUUUAGAUAUUUUGGUAAAAGCCAAAGCGGGGCAGAAAACUAGAGAGGAGCAGAUGUUAAGGGAAGGCUAUCCCGCAUACACCACUUCCUGUGCCUGGCUGGGCUACACUGAUCAGCAACUUACCCAGCUCUGCUCUGACGCUCUUGCCCAAGGAUGGACUAAAUUUAAAGUGAAGGUUGGGGCUGAUUUGCAGGAUGACAUCCGUAGAUGCAGCCUCAUCCGAAAGUUGAUUGGACCAGACAAAACCCUGAUGAUUGAUGCCAAUCAACGGUGGGAUGUUAACGAAGCGGUUACUUGGGUAACCAAGCUGGCAGAGUUUCACCCUCUAUGGAUUGAGGAGCCCACAUCUCCUGAUGAUAUUCUAGGUCAUGCGUCCAUCUCUAAGGCACUUGCGCCCUUUGGUAUUGGAGUGGCCACUGGAGAACAGUGCCAAAACAGAGUGAUGUUCAAGCAGUUUCUUCAGGCCUCGGCUCUACAGUUUGUUCAGAUUGACAGCUGUAGGGUGGGCAGUGUCAAUGAAAACCUUGCCAUCAUACUCAUGGCUGCUAAGUUUAAUGUUCCCGUGUGUCCUCAUGCUGGCGGCGUGGGACUGUGUGAGCUUGUUCAGCACCUCAUUCUCUUUGACUACAUUUCAGUGUCUGCUAGUUUAAGUAAUAGGAUGUGCGAGUUUGUGGAUCAUCUGCAUGAACACUUCAAAAGCCCCACCAACAUCAGAAAUGCCCACUACAUUCCACCAAUGGACCCUGGAUUCUCUUGUGAAAUGCUGGAAGAAUCAGUGAAAAAGCAUCAGUACCCCGAGGGAGAGGUUUGGAGAGCCAUUGAGAAGCAGGGGAAACAAUAAACAUGAACACACACAUGCUGCUGACUGCUGGAGAAAUGAUUAAAUGAAUACAUUCAUAAUCAAACAUGAAACCCUGCCAAAUUGUCUUGAUUGGCAAACUAUGAAUGGGGAAUGAACGUAUUCUUAAAAGUGAUCAUUUUAGGGAAUAUGGAUUUUUUAAAAGCCUCCUUGCGGUGAAAAUCAAGUUUUUAAUGUUUAUAUGUCUUUGUGGUGUUUUUAAUAUGCUUUAAGACAAACCAUGUGCAAAUUCAACAGAAAAUAUGAGUAAUCGGGUAGAUUUAGCAAUAUAGCGGGUGUAUGAUUACGAUGUUACGAUGAACUACAUUGUGCAGCGUUUACCUCAGUAAGUUGACCGAGUGGAUCUCUGAGCUGAUGGUGUGAGUGGGGGCGGGGCUAAUUAGCAUAUUCAUGGUUCCACGCAUACUAAAUGAAGCAAGGGUGUAGAGUUACAUUCAAGCUAUUUUACAACAUGAAGAUUUUUUUUUUUUUUCCACAGGAAAAAACAUUUAAAUAUGUCAUUUUGGUGAUCAAAGAUUAGUUUUAGAGGUUAAAAUUACUGACUACGGGGGACUUUAAUUAUUUUACUGUUAUAUGUCCUAUUUUAAUGUUUUUAAAUGUUAUAUACUUAUGUUGCACGCUGAAAUGUUGAAAUGUACUGUGCAGCAAUAGAUAAAAAUGGAACCAACUGUAAACCUGUUUACUAGUCUAGACUUGGGAAUGAACUAACAAUGGAGUACUUAGGUAGAGUGGUGAGUGUAACCAAUCAAAUGAAAGAAAACUUGUAAGGGGCCUUUCACACAGAACAGGUUCUUGCAGUCAAAAAUGCAUCGAAAAGUUGAACUUGAGCGCUGCAUACACGAGACGCUGCAAAAACGCAAUGGUUAAAGAUGUCCGUCUACGUAGAAAACAAUGGAAAAUUUGCACAGUGGAAUGUGUGAACCGGCCCUAACGUUGCUAUUUUAUGCAUUUCUUAACAUAUAAAUAUGUUUGUAGUUUUUUGUCAGAGUCGCUCUGCUUUUUCUGAAGCGACUCCCUGCCAGCCACUAAUAAACGUUCAUGCAAAGAGAAA